AUGAUCAGUAAGGCAGAUAAGUACCUGGCCGGAUGGAAGGCUGCUCUUCUCAACACCCUGGGUCGUGCAGUGCUUGCAGAUGCGGUGCUUGGCAACCUUCUCAUAUACGCAAUGGGUGCAAUCGAACUGCCAAAGGGAACCAUUGAAGCACUGGACAGCCGCCGCCGGGCCUUUGUGUGGUCCGGCCAAGAUAAGGUUAGUGGUGCUCAAUGCCUGGUCGCGUGGGAUUCGGUGUGUUUGCCAAAGGAGCUCGGUGGCCUCGGACUGAAACACCUAGCCACCCAAAACCAAUGCCUGCUCUUGAAACUUAUCCACCGUCUCCACAAUCCUGGUGCCUCGUCCUGGGCGCGCUGGGCUAGGCAGCGGAUCUGCCUCGCCACACUCGCCGGGGAACUGCAGGGGCCGCACUGGAAGUCGCUGCAAGAACUCCUGCCACUGUACAGGGCGAUCACCACUGUGGAUGUGCACAACGGGGCAUCAACCUCCUUCUGGGAAGACUGCUGGCUGCAGGACCACCCCCUAUCGGAAGCGUUCCCUGCUCUGUACAGCCAUGCCACCAAACCAGCGGCCACUGUCUCCGACGUUCUCCAGUGCGGCCUCGACCAGCACCUCCGUUCGCGACGAACACGGGCUGCUUCUACAGAACGCGCACAGCUGCUCACUCUGCUGCAACCGGUGCAGCUGACCGUCGCCGAAGAUACAAGGAUCAGCAUGUUCCAAGACACAGAUGGCCGCCUCAACACAGCACUCUUAUACAAGACGCUGAUGACACGAUGCAACCUCCUCAAGAAGACCAUCGUUACUGACGCGAUCCGUGAGCUAUGCCAUGCCGCAGAUGAGACUGUCGAGCAUCUGAUCUUCCACUGCUCGAUCGCCCACAGCCUGUGGCAAUCAGUGGGCGUCGAACAGCCCAGCCACGUCCACCGGCUGCACAAGCUCAAGCGCCCAGAUCACAUCCCGGAGCGCCAUUUCUCAGUGUUUAUCUCCCUAUGCUGCUGGAACAUAUGGAAACACAGGAACCGAGUCGUGUUUGAUAAGAUGCCCCCAUCCCUGCAACUUCUCAAGAACAAUUGCCAGGAAGACAGCAGGCUGUGGGCAUGGCGACUACCAAGAGCUGACGCUGAGCUCGCCGAGACCUGGUGCAACAUUCUGUCUCCAAUGUAA